AGUAGGGGUCAUCACUGAUUCCAAUACCGGGCACAGGCACAGGCAGCAGAGGGAGUGGGAGUGGAAGUAGUAAUUUCUGGAGUGUGAGCAUCAACCAAUUCAUGUUCAUCCAGUUCACGCCACGCACUAUUCCUCAUUCGUUUCUCUUCCUUCUAAGUUCAAUCAAUUUCUGACUAUUUCUGGAAUUUGAUCAAAACGGUCUCACUCAAAAUUGAACUCAAUUUACCCAAGGAAGAAGUGUUUUUGAGUUUGUGGUUAUUACCGUCGGAACAGUACGAAUGGAGAACUCCGGAAGCCAUCCGGAGGUGAUGGUUCCACCAGUUGAGGGUGUUGCAGGAGGUGGGACGGCAUAUGGAUGGAGUGAAAGUGGCAUACAAGAUCCAAACUUAUUAAGGGGCUCAAUUGAUCCCCUGAAAAUUCAUUCUUCAGAAUUAGUGCAUGUGUGGUGCAUGCCAAACUCAGCAAAUGUUGGACCGCAGGACAUGCCUCGUCCAUUGGAACCCAUAUCUCUUUUAGCAGCAAGGAAUGAGAGGGAAAAUGUCCAAAUAGCUCUACGUCCGAAAGUUUCUUGGGCAGGGUCUAGUAUUGCUGGAAGCGUGCAAGUGCAAUGUUCUGAUCUGUGCUCCACUUCUGGUGAUAGAUUGGUAGUUGGCGAAUCAUUGAAGAUGAGGAGAGUAGUGCCUAUUUUAGGUGUUCCAGAUGCUCUUGCGCCUCUUGAAUUGCCACUGUCUCAACUUACCCUUUAUCCUGGAGAAACAACUGUGAUUUGGGUUUCAAUUGAUGUCCCAACAACACUGCCCCCUGGUCAAUAUGAAGGAGAAGUCAUAAUUACAGCCACCAGAGCUGAUGCAGAAACUACAGCACAAUGUCUGGGUAAAGCUGAGAGAAACCAACUAUACCAAGAACUAAAGAGUUGUCUUGAUGUUGUGGAGCCCAUUGAUGGAAAAUCAUUGGACGAAGUGGUGGAGAGAGUCAAAUCUGCAUCCAUAUCUCUGAGAAGAGUGCUUCUGUCCCCAUUAUUUUCUGAUUUAUAUUUGGAUAAUGGAUCGGUCGACCUAAUGGAGGAGGAUGCCAUUUCAAACCUUUCAGUCCGCGUGAAGCUAAGUUUAACAGUCUGGGAUUUCAUUCUUCCAGCUACACCAUCUGUUCCAGCUGUUAUUGGUAUAUCUGACACUGUGAUCGAGGACCGAUUUGGUGUUGAACAUGGAAGUAGCGAGUGGUACGAGGCACUGGAUCAGCAUUUUAAAUGGCUGCUUCAAUAUAAAAUCAGUCCAUAUUUCUGCAGGUGGGGUGAAAGUAUGCGAGUUCUGACUUACACUUGUCCAUGGCCAGCUGAUCAUCCCAAAUCCGAUGAGUAUUUUUCUGAUCCCAGGCUUGCAGCAUAUGCAGUACCAUACAGACCAGUAGUCUCCGUUGGUGAUACACCAAAGGACUUUCUGCAGAGACAAGUUGAGAUACUACGAACAAAGAAUCAUUGGAGAAAAGCAUACUUCUAUUUGUGGGAUGAGCCGCUGAACCUUGAACAUUAUGAAGCUAUCCGUAACAUGGCAAGUGAGAUUCAUGCUUACGCACCCGAUGCCCGUAUUAUGACAACUUAUUAUUGUGGUCCAAGUGAUGCACCCCUGGCCUCUAACAACUUUGAGGCUUUUCUUAAAGUUCCAGAGUUUCUUCGCCCUCACACGCAGAUUUAUUGCACAAGUGAAUGGGUGAUUGGCAACCGCGAAGAUCUGGCAAAGGAUAUCAUAGCAGAAAUACAACCUGAAAAUGGUGAGGAGUGGUGGACAUAUGUUUGCAUGGGACCGUCUGAUCCUCAUCCUAAUUGGCACUUGGGGAUGCGAGGCACACAACACCGUGCGGUAAUGUGGCGCGUAUGGAAGGAGGGUGGGACAGGAUUUCUCUACUGGGGUGCAAAUUGUUAUGAGAAGGCGACGGUUCCCAGUGCUGAGAUUAGGUUCAGGCGUGGUCUCCCUCCAGGUGAUGGAGUCUUGUAUUACCCUGGUCAAGUAUUCUCAUCUUCGCAGGAACCUGUUGCUUCCUUGCGAUUGGAGCGGCUCUUAAGUGGUCUACAGGACAUUGAGUAUCUCAAGCUCUACUCUUCGAGAUUUGGUAGAGAAGAAGGGCUUCAUCUUUUGGAAAAGACAGGCAUGUAUUUGGGUCCGGAGAGAUAUACUCAUGAGCACAUGCCAAUUGAUGCCAUGCGUGGUGAAGUUUUCAGGACAUGCCGAGCUGAAAAUAACUUCUGAUUUGAUAGCUUCUGUUUUUAUGUAGCAUCAUCCAGUCUUUAAACCAUAUCUAUUCAGCAUGUGUUUAUUUUGACAAACCCUGAAAUCUUGGACAUAACUUUAGUCAGUGAGGAUAUGGAUAUGCAUUGUUAAUUAAUAAUUCCAGCGGUUUUCACUCCCUUUAGUUCCAAAA